AUGCUUCACCGGCUUGGCAUUGUCCUAGCACUCGGGAGCCUCAUUCAGGGCUGUCUAGGCACGACUCUUCUUCUUCCCCCCAUAACGGCCUGCUCGUCGUUGACAGUCACGCCGCCUGAUGGAACUACUCUUAUAAAUGUCACGGCGACAGAGCGCUACAACGUCACUUAUGAUCUGCCUACCUACAAUGGCGUGGCCGGCCAUGUCAAUAUCUGCGACGUUGAGGUGUUCUUAACGCAUGACGAUGCAGGCGACGCGGUUCGCUUUGCCAUCUACCUCCCGCUCGAUGGGUGGAAUGGGAGGUGGCAGGGUACUGGAGGUGGCGGCUUCGCCGCAGGCGAGUUUGACUUCGAACUCGUACCGGCCGUGACCAGUGGCUAUUCGGCUGGAGCAACAGAUGCCGGAGUCAACCUGGAGGGCAAGACGGAGCUCUGGUAUAACUCAACUCAAUCGGUCGAGAACUUUGUACACUUGUCUUUUCACGAAAUGACGCUCAUUGGCAAAGACUUGUCUGAAAAAUUCUACGGGAAGAAACCGGAAUAUAGCUAUUGGUUUGGAUGCAGUACUGGCGGACGCCAAGGGAUGAGUGAAGCUCAGCGUUAUCCAGAAGAUUAUGACGGUAUCUUCGCAGGUGCUCCUGCAAUCAACUGGGAGAAGUUUGCCGUGGUGGACUACUGGCCCCUCGCUGUGCAGAACCAGGUCGGCGAGGUCAUUUCCUCGUGCAAGCUGAGUGCCAUGCAAAAUGCGAGCAUUCAGGCCUGCGACCUGCUCGACGGCGCUGCUGACGGGUUGAUAAGCAAUCCGCUCAAAUGUGAAUUCAACGCAAUGGAGGUGGUGGGCAUGCAGCUACCAUGUGAUGGAGAUAGUACAGUUAUUAUCACGGAACAGGACGCGAUAGCAUGGAAUAAGAUCCGGAAUGGGCUAACAGAUGAAUGGGGCGAGUUUUUGUGGUACGGGUUAGAACCGGGCACAGAUGUCGAAAUCUUGGCAGCACCACCCGGCUUUGACAUCUCUACACGAUGGAUCGCAGAUUGGUUACUGCAGGACCCUGAGAUCGAUGUCAGCAACAUCAAGGAGGCCGAGCUUGUGGAAUUUUUCCGUCAGUCCGUGUCUGAGCUUGGCGAUCUAUGGGGUACCGAUAACCCCGAUCUGUCGGCCUAUCGUGAGCGCGGUGGGAAAAUAUUGACCUGGCACGGAUGGGCCGAUGAAAUAAUUUCUCCAUUGGGCACCGUGGACUACUGGAAACGGGUCGUGGAGCUCGCCGGUGGUGAGGAGAGCACGGAUGAGUUCUACCGCAUCUUCAUGGCUCCUGGCCUCGGCCACUGUGGCAGUGAAAAUGGCUAUGGGCCUCAAAUUCCAAUCGACAAUCUUGCGCCUCUCGUUGAAUGGGUUGAAAAUGGCAAGGCGCCGGAAACGAUCUUAUUCUCAGGAAAUGGACAGUCUAGAAACAUUUGUAAGUUCCCGAAGGAACUACAGUAUCGCGGGAGGGGGAAUAUUAGUGACGCGGCGAACUGGGAAUGUGUAUGA